AAAGAAAGCUUCAAACCUCCUUCUCUGUUUCCCUCCUUCUUCUUCUCCCCCACAACCAAUGUAAACCCUACAAAGAUCUCUCUAAAGAUUUCUUAAAAUGGAGGCAAUAAUUCGUUAUAUCUCUUCGUUUCUGUCCUCCCUUUAUUAACUCGAGCUCUAGUCUCCACCGAAAGUAGAGAGAAGAUUUUCUGGAAAGCAGGUAUAUAUACACACAUACAAGUAUCUGUGAGGUAUAAUGGCGUCUGAGCUGAAACAAACUCUAACAAAGAGAUACGGUGCACUUGAGCUAUGGGAGAUCAUAGUCAUUGCUCUCUUCGCAGCCUUCAUACUAAUCCUCGCCGUCUCAGUAUGGCUCAGCUUCCGUAAAAAAUCCAAAAGAUCCAACUUCAUCCAACUCCUCCCCACAACCGAAACCCCUCGCCAUCAAGAUGAAAUCAAAGACAUAAGCGUUGUUCACGUCUCAUCAGACAACAAUGGCACACCUCUAGAUGACAAGUUCCCCGAGAGAGACAUUGAAAAUGGUGAUAAUAACUAUGAGAAACAUGUUCCUCCUUCAGAAACAACUCAUUCUCCUCAUCUCUCUGGUCUCCAAGAAGGCUCUCACAUUGGUUGGGGUCAUUGGUUCACUCUCCGUGACCUUCAGCUCGCUACUAACCAUUUCUCAAAAGAGAAUAUCAUCGGUGACGGUGGCUAUGGAGUUGUGUACCAUGGAACUUUAACUAACAAGACCCCUGUGGCUGUCAAGAAGCUGCUCAACAAUCCAGGACAAGUUGAUAAAGACUUCAGAGUUGAAGUGGAAGCAAUAGGACACGUCAGGCACAAGAACUUAGUUCGGCUUCUUGGAUACUGCGUUGAAGGGACGCAUAGGAUGCUUGUGUAUGAGUACAUGAACAAUGGGAACUUAGAGCAGUGGCUUCACGGUGACAUGAGUCAUCAAGGGCAUCUUACUUGGGAGGCAAGGAUCAAAGUUCUUGUUGGCACUGCUAAAGCGUUGGCUUACCUUCAUGAAGCUAUUGAGCCUAAAGUGGUGCAUAGAGACAUAAAGUCAAGUAAUAUACUGAUGAAUGACAGCUUUGAUGCUAAGUUAUCUGACUUUGGUCUUGCUAAGUUGCUUGGAGCUGAUAAAAGUUAUGUGAGUACUAGAGUCAUGGGUACAUUCGGGUAUGUUGCACCUGAAUAUGCUAACUCUGGUCUCCUAAACGAGAAGAGUGACGUGUAUAGUUUUGGUGUUGUUCUAUUGGAAGCUAUUACUGGGAGGUACCCAGUGGACUAUGAACGGCCUAAAGAAGAGGUGCAUAUGGUGGAGUGGUUGAAGCUAAUGGUACAGCAGAAACAGUUUGAACAAGUGGUGGAUAGAGAGUUUGAGAUCAAACCAACGACAAGAGAACUUAAAAGAGCGCUUUUGACGGCUUUGAGAUGUGUUGAUCCUGAUGCAGACAAGAGGCCGAAGAUGAGUCAAGUUGCUCGGAUGCUUGAAUCUGAUGAGUACCCUGUGAUGCCUAGAGAGGAACGAAGAAGAAGGAAGCAGCCAAGAGAAAGCACAGAGACGAAUAAGGAUGAUACCAUAGCAGAUGCAAAGAUUUGAGUAACAGACUAAAACAUCAAACCCUUUUAAAGACUUUGGGGUUUAAAAGAGGGAAACAUAUAGAUUCUUUGGAGAUUGUUUAGAAUCUUUACUGUUUAUAUGAGUUUAUUAUGUGAUAUGUAUAGCGAGAACAUCAAGAUUUGUUUCUCUUGUCUAGAGGAGGAGAGAUCUUUUGUAUAGCUUUGUUGUACCUUUUUUAUUACCUUCAUACUUUCAACAUAACUGUUAAGUUUCA